AUGGAAGCCAACAUUAACAAUUCUCAACCGCUAACCAAAGCCAAAGCCCCACAACCUCCAAGAACUGGCACAGCUGUUAGAAUAACCACCAAAAAGUCUAACAGCGAAUUAAGAGAAAUUCUUCAACAAAUUUGCUCUAAAUAUCUCAAAGACGCCGAAGAAAACACACAACCAGACGCUACAUACAAUACUCAGUUCUGUGAAGUUCUGAACAAAGCAAUUGCUAGUUCAAUUGAACUUACUAAGACAAUUCCAAGUCCAAUUGAGCUUAGCGAUGUCUUAGUUCAGUAUUUUCCAACAUUUACUAAGCUUAUAA